CAGUCAAGACGAGAAGGUCGUAAAAUCGAGCAAAUUUCACGUUGUUGUAUCGAACGAAAACAAAGCAUUCUCAUAUUUUUAAGUCAAAUCGUCGCAAAAUGUCCUUAAUUCCGUUGCUGUAUUCUAACUGGUGGGAGGCCUUAGAGCGUCCGCACCGUCUCCUGGAUCAGGAUUUCGGACUGGCUCUGAAACCGGAGCAGUUACUAUCGCCCAGCCGACUGGAAUUGUACCUCCAACCACCACGAAGAAAGUGUUCGUACCAUAGACCGUGGGCUCAACUACUUCGUAACAGCGAAGGCGGGACCUCUACCGUACAAGCAGACAAGGACGAGUUCCAGGUUGUACUCGAUGUUCAACAGUUCGAGCCAGACGAGAUUGAUGUAAAAGUCGUUGACAAGUUCGUCGUCGUUGCAGCGAAGCAUGAAGAGAAACGCGACGAGCACGGCUGGGUUUCACGUCAGUUCGUGAGGAAGUACCUGAUACCUGAGCAGUGUGACAUCGAUAGUGUCGCAUCGAAGCUCACGUCGGACGGUGUACUUAUUAUUACCGCACCAAGAAAAGAUAUACCAAAGGUAGCGAACGAGAGAAUAAUCAAGAUCGAACAUACCGGCAAACCGGCGAUCCAGACAAAGUCAAUGAAACCGCAGAAGCAAGGAGAGAAGAAGGAAGAGGAGGACGAGGAUGGGGAGAAGUAAAGGGAUCCAUGAUAUUUCACCAUUUGCGAUAUUCCUAUUUAAUAUAAUAACCAUUGUUGUUCGUUGUUCAAAUACGAUUAAAUUCCUAUCGUAGCAUUUUACAUUAUCGAUCUGUUAUACUUACUGAUGUUCGAAGACCGCAAA